AUGGAAGGCUGUGACUCGCCUGUCGUCUCGGGGAAGGACAAUGGGUGCGGUAUCCCUCAGCACCAGCAAUGGACUGAACUCAACAGCACCCACCUCCCCGACAAACCCAGUAGCAUGGAGCAGUCCACAAGCGAGAACCACGGGCCCCUGGACAGCCUGAGGGCCCCCUUCAAUGAACGCCUCGUGGAGGGCACCGCCCCGGCCGGCACUGCCGCCGAGCCCGCCGGCAAGGAGGUCAGCUGCAACGAGUGCUCGGCCUCCUUUGCCAGCUUACAGACCUACAUGGAGCACCACUGCCCCAGUGCGCGCCCCCCGCUCCCCCUGAGAGAGGAGAGCGGGAGCGACACCAGUGAGGAGGGGGACGAGGAGAGUGAUGUGGAGAACCUGGCUGGGGAGAUCGUCUACCAGCCCGAUGGCUCGGCCUACAUUGUCGAGAGCCUGAGCCAGCUGACCCAAAGCGGGGGCACCUGUGGCAGUGGCAGUGGGCCUCUCCCUUCGCUCUUCCUGAACUCUCUCCCCGGGGCAGGGGGCAAGCAGGGGGACCCUUCUUGUGCUGCACCAGUCUACCCACAGAUCAUCAACACUUUCCACAUAGCCUCAUCCUUCGGGAAAUGGUUUGAGGGCCCAGACCAGGCUUUCCCGAAUACCUCAGCCCUGACGGGGCUCAGCCCCGUCCUGCACAGCUUCCGCGUUUUUGACGUGCGACACAAAAGCAACAAGGAUUACCUGAACAGCGACGGCUCUGCCAAAAGCUCCUGCGUAUCCAAAGAUGUUCCCAACAAUGUGGACCUGUCCAAAUUCGAUGGCUUCGUGCUCUACGGCAAGAGGAAGCCCAUCCUGAUGUGUUUCUUGUGCAAACUCUCCUUCGGGUACGUCCGUUCGUUUGUGACCCACGCGGUGCACGACCACCGAAUGACCCUGAGUGAAGACGAGCGGAAAAUUCUUAGCAAUAAGAACAUCUCCGCUAUCAUCCAAGGGAUUGGCAAAGACAAGGAACCCCUUGUAAGUUUUUUGGAACCAAAAAACAAAAACUUUCAACACCCUUUAGUUUCCACAGCUAACCUCAUAGGCCCCGGACACAGUUUUUAUGGUCAAUUUAGUGGCAUUCGAAUGGAAGGGGAGGAGGCUCUCCCAGCCGGCUCUACCGCGGGCCCUGAGCAGCCCCAGGCUGGCAUCUUGACCCCCAGCACCCUCUUGAACCUUGGCGGGCUCACCAGCUCGGUCCUGAAGACCCCCAUUACCUCAGUCCCCCUGGGGCCUCUGGCCUCCAGUCCUACCAGAUCCUCAGAGGGCAAGGACUCUGGGGUAGCAGCGGGAGAGAAGCAAGACGCGGGCGAUCCGGACUGCCUCUCCGAGAAAGCAGAGCCAGCCGAGGAGGAGGCGGAGGAGGAGGAGGAGGAGGAGGAGGCAGAGGAGGAGGAGGAGGAGGAAGACGAGGAAGAGGAGGAGGAGGAAGACGAGGGUUGCAAAGGACUCUUUCCAAGCGAGUUGGACGACGACCUGGAGGACAGGCCCCGCGAGGAGUCUGGGGCCGCGGCAGGCAGCAGCAAAAAGGACCUCGCGCUCUCAAACCAAAGCAUUUCUAACUCCCCCUUAAUGCCUAAUGUGCUCCAGACCCUGUCGAGGGGCGCAGCUCCUACUAGUUCUAAUUCUGCUUCUUCCUUUGUUGUCUUUGAUGGUGCGGACAGGAGAAAUCGUUUAAGCUUUAACAGUGAGGGCGUCAGGGCCAGUGUGGCAGAGGGCGGCAGGAGGCUGGACUUUGCAGACGAAAGUGCCAAUAAAGACAAUGCCACAGCACCGGAACCAAAUGAAAGCACAGAGGGCGACGACGGGGGCUUUGUCCCCCAUCACCAGCACGCUGGCUCCCUCUGCGAGCUGGGGGUUGGGGAAUGCCCCUCGGGGAGUGGCGUGGAGUGCCCCAAAUGCGACACGGUCCUGGGCUCCUCCCGCUCGCUGGGCGGCCACAUGACCAUGAUGCAUUCUCGUAACUCAUGUAAGACACUUAAGUGCCCCAAGUGCAACUGGCACUAUAAGUACCAGCAGACCCUGGAGGCGCACAUGAAGGAGAAGCACCCGGAGCCGGGGGGCUCCUGUGUCUACUGCAAAAGCGGGCAGCCCCACCCUCGGUUGGCGCGAGGUGAGAGCUACACGUGUGGUUACAAGCCUUUCCGCUGUGAGGUGUGUAACUACUCCACAACUACCAAAGGCAACCUCAGUAUCCAUAUGCAGUCCGACAAGCAUCUCAACAACAUGCAGAACCUGCAGAACGGAGGGGGGGAGCAGGUGUUCAGCCACUCGGCCGGGGCGGCGGCCGCGGCGGCGGCGGCCGCGGCGGCCGCGGCGGCCAAUAUCGGCAGCUCCUGCGGGGCCCCCUCGCCCACCAAACCAAAAACCAAACCCACCUGGCGGUGCGAGGUGUGCGAUUACGAGACCAACGUGGCCAGGAACCUGCGCAUCCACAUGACCAGCGAGAAGCACAUGCACAACAUGAUGCUCCUGCAGCAAAACAUGACCCAGAUCCAGCACAACCGACACCUGGGCCUCGGCAGCCUGCCCUCACCCGCCGAGGCCGAGCUUUACCAGUACUACCUGGCCCAGAACAUGAACCUGCCCAACCUGAAGAUGGACAGCACCGCCUCGGAUGCCCAGUUCAUGAUGAGUGGAUUCCAGCUGGAUCCCACCGGGCCCAUGGCCGCCAUGACACCUGCUCUAGUGGGCGGUGAGAUCCCCCUAGACAUGCGCCUCGGGGGCGGGCAGCUGGUGUCGGAGGAGCUGAUGAACCUGGGCGAGAGCUUCAUCCAGACCAACGAUCCGUCGCUGAAGCUCUUCCAGUGCGCCGUCUGCAACAAGUUCACCACGGAUAACCUGGACAUGCUGGGGCUGCACAUGAACAUGGAGCGCAGCCUCCCAGAGGACGAGUGGAAGGCCGUGAUGGGGGACUCGUACCAGUGCAAGCUCUGCCGCUACAACACCCAGCUCAAGGCCAACUUUCAGCUGCACUGCAAGACAGACAAGCAUGUGCAGAAGUACCAGCUGGUGGCCCACAUCAAGGAGGGUGGCAAAGCCAACGAGUGGCGGCUCAAGUGCGUGGCCAUCGGCAACCCCGUCCACCUCAAGUGCAACGCGUGCGACUACUACACCAACAGCUUGGAGAAGCUGCGGCUGCACACGGUCAACUCCAGGCACGAGGCCAGCCUGAAGCUGUACAAGCACCUGCAGCAGCACGAGAGUGGAGUGGAGGGCGAGAGCUGCUACUACCACUGCGUCCUGUGCAACUAUUCCACCAAGGCCAAGCUCAACCUCAUCCAGCACGUGCGCUCCAUGAAGCACCAGCGCAGUGAGAGCCUGCGCAAGCUGCAGCGGCUGCAGAAGGGCCUCCCGGAGGAGGACGAGGACCUGGGACAGAUCUUCACCAUCCGCAGGUGCCCCUCCACCGAGCCGGAAGAAGCCACUGAAGAUGUUGAAGGGCCCAGUGACGCGACUGCUGAUCCAGAGGAGCUUGCUAAAGACCAGGAGAGUGGAGCGUCGUCCAGCCAAGCAGAGAAGGAGCUGACAGAUUCUCCUGCAACCUCCAAACGCAUCUCCUUCACAGGUAGCUCGGAAUCUCCUCUCUCUUCAAAGCGACCUAAAACAUCAGAGGAGACCAAACCAGAGCAGAUGUACCAGUGUCCCUACUGCAAGUACAGCAAUGCCGACGUCAACCGGCUCCGGGUGCAUGCCAUGACGCAGCACUCCGUGCAGCCCAUGCUGCGCUGCCCCCUGUGCCAGGACAUGCUCAACAACAAGAUCCACCUCCAGCUGCACCUCACCCACCUCCACAGCGUGGCGCCUGACUGCGUGGAGAAACUCAUAAUGACGGUGACCACCCCUGAGAUGGUGAUGCCCAGCAGCAUGUUCCUCCCAGCAGCUGUUCCAGAUCGAGACGGAAACUCCACUUUGGAGGAGGCAGGAAAGCAGCCUGAAACCUCAGAGGAUCUGGGAAAGAACAUCUUGCCCUCUGUAAGCACAGAGCACAGUGGAGAUUUGAAACCCUCUUCUGCUGACCCAGGCUCUGUGAGAGAAGAUUCAGGCUUCCUAUGCUGGAAGAAGGGGUGCAAUCAGGUUUUCAAAACUUCUGCCACUCUUCAAACACACUUCAAUGAGGUUCAUGCCAAAAGGCCUCAGCUGCCUGUGUCAGAUCGCCAUGUGUACAAGUAUCGCUGUAAUCAAUGCAGCCUGGCUUUCAAGACCAUUGAAAAGCUGCAGCUCCAUUCUCAGUACCAUGUGAUCAGAGCUGCCACAAUGUGCUGUCUUUGUCAGCGUAGUUUCCGAACUUUUCAGGCUCUGAAGAAACACCUUGAGACAAGCCACCUGGAGUUGAGUGAGGCUGACAUCCAACAGCUUUAUGGUGGCCUUCUGGCCAAUGGGGACCUCCUGGCAAUGGGAGACCCUACCCUGGCAGAGGACCACACCAUAAUUGUUGAGGAAGACAAGGAGGAAGAGAGUGACUUAGAAGACAAACAGAGCCCAACGGGCAGUGACUCUGGGUCAGUACAAGAAGACUCAGGCUCAGAGCCAAAGAGAGCUCUACCUUUCAGAAAAGGCCCCAACUUCACCAUGGAAAAAUUUCUAGACCCUUCUCGCCCUUACAAGUGUACAGUCUGCAAGGAGUCUUUCACUCAAAAGAAUAUCCUGCUCGUGCACUACAAUUCUGUCUCCCACCUGCAUAAGUUGAAGAGAGCCCUUCAAGAAUCGGCAACUGGUCAGCCAGAACCCACCAGCAGCCCAGACAACAAACCUUUCAAGUGUAACACUUGUAACGUGGCCUAUAGCCAGAGUUCCACUUUAGAGAUCCACAUGCGGUCUGUGUUGCAUCAAACCAAGGCCCGAGCAGCCAAGCUGGAGGCUGCAAGUGGCAGUAGCAAUGGGACGGGGAACAGCAGCAGUGUCUCCCUGAGCUCCUCCACCCCAAGUCCUGUGAGCACCAGUGCCAGUAACACCUUUACCACCACCAACCCAAACAGUGCUGGCAUCACUCCGAGUUCCAAUCUACUGAGCCAAGUGCCCCCUGAAAGUGUAGGGAUGCCAGCCCUGGGGAAUCCCAUCGGUGCCAACAUCACUUCCCCUUCAGAGCCCAAGGAGGCCAAUCGGAAGAAGCUGGCGGAUAUGAUUGCAUCCAGACAGCAGCAGCAGCAGCAGCAGCAGCAGCAGCAGCAAGCACAGACACUAGCCCAGGCCCAGGCUCAAGUUCAAGCUCACCUGCAGCAGGAGCUGCAGCAGCAAGCUGCCCUGAUCCAGUCUCAGCUGUUCAACCCCGCCCUGCUUCCUCACUUCCCCAUGACCACAGAGACCCUGCUGCAGCUGCAGCAGCAGCAGCAUCUCCUCUUCCCCUUCUACAUCCCCAGCGCAGAGUUCCAGCUCAACCCUGACGUGAGCUUGCCAGUGACCAGCGGGGCGCUGACACUGACGGGGACGGGCCCGGGCCUGCUAGACGAUCUGAAGGCUCAGGUUCAGAUCCCAACACAGAGCCACCAGCAGAUCCUGCAGCAACAACAGCAAAGCCAGCUCUCUCUGUCCCAGACUCACUCUGCCCUUCUACAACCCAGCCAGCACUCCGAAAAGAAAAACAAAUUGGUCAUCAAAGAAAAGGAAAAAGAAAGCCAGAGAGAGAGGGACAGUGCCGAGGUGGGAGAGGGCAACCCAGGACCCAAGGAAUCGCUGCCAGAUGCCUUGAAGGCUAAAGAGAAGAAAGAAUUGGCACCAGCGGCUAGUUCUGAGCCUUCCAUGCUCCCACCACGCAUCGCCUCAGAUGCCAGAGGGAACGCCACCAAGGCCCUGCUGGAGAACUUUGGCUUUGAACUGGUCAUUCAGUACAACGAAAACAAGCAGAAGGUGCAGAAGAAGAAUGGGAAGACUGAGCAGGGAGAGAAUUUGGAAAAGCUUGAGUGUGACUCCUGUGGCAAGUUGUUUUCUAACAUCUUGAUUUUAAAGAGUCAUCAAGAGCACGUUCAUCAAAACUACUUUCCCUUUAAACAGCUAGAGAGAUUUGCUAAACAGUACCGUGAGCAGUACGAUAAACUGUACCCCCUGAGGCCCCAGACCCCAGAGCCGCCGCCACCGCCUCCCCCGCCACCUCCUCCUCCCCCUCUUCCUGCAGCACCACCUCAGCCGGCUUCCACGCCAGCCAUCCCUGCAUCAGCCCCGCCCAUCACUUCACCCACAAUCGCACCCACCCAGCCAUCCGUGCCACUCACCCAGCUCUCUAUGCCCAUGGAGCUGCCCAUCUUCUCACCACUGAUGAUGCAGACGAUGCCACUGCAGACCUUGCCGGCUCAGCUGCCCCCUCAGCUUGGACCUGUGGAGCCUCUGCCUGCGGACCUGGCCCAGCUAUACCAGCACCAGCUCAAUCCAAGCCUGCUCCAACAGCAGAACAAGAGGCCUCGCACCAGGAUCACGGAUGACCAGCUCCGGGUCCUGCGGCAAUAUUUUGACAUUAACAACUCCCCCAGUGAAGAACAGAUCAAAGAAAUGGCAGACAAGUCUGGGUUGCCCCAGAAAGUGAUCAAGCACUGGUUCAGAAACACCCUCUUCAAGGAGCGGCAGCGUAACAAGGAUUCCCCUUACAACUUUAGCAAUCCUCCCAUCACCAGCCUGGAGGAGCUCAAGAUAGACUCACGGCCCCCUUCGCCAGAACCUCAGAAGCAGGAGUACUGGGGAAGCAAGAGGUCUUCAAGAACAAGGUUUACUGACUAUCAGCUGAGGGUCCUACAGGACUUCUUUGAUGCCAAUGCUUACCCAAAGGAUGACGAAUUUGAGCAACUCUCUAAUUUACUAAACCUUCCAACCCGAGUCAUAGUGGUGUGGUUUCAAAAUGCCCGACAGAAGGCCAGGAAAAAUUAUGAGAAUCAGGGGGAGGGCAAAGAUGGAGAGCGGCGUGAGCUUACAAACGAUAGGUAUAUUCGAACAAGCAACUUGAACUACCAGUGCAAAAAAUGUAGCCUGGUGUUUCAGCGCAUCUUUGAUCUCAUCAAGCAUCAGAAGAAGCUGUGUUACAAGGAUGAGGAUGAGGAGGGGCAGGAUGACAGCCAAAAUGAGGAUUCCAUGGAUGCCAUGGAAAUCCUGACACCCACCAGCUCCUCCUGCAGCACCCCAAUGCCCUCACAGGCUUACAGCGCCCCAGCACCAUCAGCCAACACAGCUUCCUCCGCUUUCUUACCGCUCACAGCGGAGCCUGAUGAACUGGCCACUUUUAGUUCAAAAACAGAGGCAAGUGAUGAGAAACCAAAGCAGGCUGAACCUCCCAGUGCACAGCCAAACCAAACCCAAGAAAAGCAAGGACAACCAAAGGCAGAGCUGCAGCAACAAGACCAGCCGGAGCAGAAGACAAACGCAGCCCAGCAAAAGCUCCCACAGCUCACUUCCCCCACUUCGUUACCACAGCCUCCUCCACAAGCACCCCCACCUCAGUGUCCCUUACCCCAGUCAAGCCCCAGUCCUUCUCAGCUCUCCCACCUGCCCCUCAAGCCCCUCCACACGUCGACUCCUCAACAGUUGGCAAACCUACCUCCUCAGCUAAUCCCCUACCAGUGUGAUCAAUGUAAGUUGGCAUUUCCAUCAUUUGAGCACUGGCAGGAGCAUCAGCAGCUUCAUUUCCUGAGUGCACAGAACCAGUUCAUCCACCCCCAGUUUUUGGACAGGUCACUGGAUAUGCCUUUCAUGCUGUUUGAUCCUAGUAACCCACUCCUGGCGAGCCAGCUGCUCUCUGGGGCUAUACCUCAGAUUCCAGCCAGCUCGGCCACUUCUCCUUCAACUCCAACCUCCACAAUGAACACUCUGAAGAGGAAGCUGGAGGAAAAGGCCAGUGCAAGCCCUGGAGAAAAUGACAGUGGGACAGGAGGAGAAGAACCUCAGCGAGACAAGCGUUUGAGGACAACCAUUACACCAGAACAGCUAGAAAUUCUGUACCAGAAGUAUCUGUUAGACUCCAAUCCAACUCGAAAGAUGUUGGAUCACAUCGCACACGAGGUGGGCUUGAAGAAACGUGUGGUCCAAGUUUGGUUUCAGAAUACCCGAGCCCGGGAACGGAAAGGACAGUUCCGGGCUGUGGGUCCAGCGCAGGCGCACAGAAGAUGCCCUUUUUGCAGAGCACUCUUCAAAGCCAAGACUGCCCUCGAGGCUCAUAUCCGGUCCCGUCAUUGGCAUGAGGCCAAGAGAGCUGGCUACAACCUAACUCUGUCUGCAAUGCUCUUGGACUGUGAUGGGGGACUCCAGAUGAAAGGAGAUAUUUUUGAUGGAGCCAGCUUUUCCCACCUACCCCCAAGCAGUAGUGAUGGCCAAGGUGUCCCCCUCUCACCUGUGAGUAAAACCAUGGACUUGUCUCCCCGAACUCUUCUUAGCCCUUCUUCCAUCAAGGUGGAGGGAAUUGAAGAUUUUGAAAGCCCCUCCAUGUCCUCAGUUAAUCUGAACUUUGACCAAACUAAGCUGGACAAUGACGACUGUUCCUCUGUCAACACAGCAAUCACGGAUACCACCACCGGAGACGAGGGCAAUGCGGAUAAUGACAGUGCGACGGGAAUAGCAACAGAAACCAAAUCCUCUUCUGCACCCAAUGAAGGGUUGACCAAAGCGGCCAUGAUGGCAAUGUCUGAGUAUGAAGAUCGGUUGUCAUCUGGUCUGGUCAGCCCAGCCCCAAGCUUUUACAGCAAGGAAUACGACAAUGAAGGUACAGUGGACUACAGUGAAACCUCGAGCCUUGCAGACCCCUGCUCCCCGAGUCCUGGUGCAAGCGGGUCAGCAGGCAAAUCUGGAGACAGUGGGGAUCGGCCAGGGCAGAAACGUUUUCGCACUCAAAUGACCAAUCUGCAGCUGAAAGUCCUCAAGUCAUGCUUUAAUGACUACAGGACGCCCACCAUGCUAGAGUGUGAGGUCCUGGGCAAUGAUAUUGGACUGCCAAAGAGAGUUGUUCAGGUCUGGUUCCAGAAUGCCCGGGCAAAAGAAAAGAAGUCCAAGUUAAGCAUGGCCAAGCAUUUUGGUAUAAACCAAACAAGUUACGAGGGGCCGAAAACAGAGUGCACUUUGUGUGGCAUCAAGUACAGCGCUCGGUUGUCUGUACGUGACCAUAUCUUUUCCCAGCAGCAUAUCUCCAAAGUUAAGGACACCAUUGGAAGCCAGUUGGAUAAGGAGAAAGAAUACUUUGACCCAGCCACAGUACGUCAGUUGAUGGCUCAACAAGAGUUGGACCGGAUUAAAAAGGCCAACGAGGUCCUCGGACUGGCAGCUCAGCAGCAAGGGAUGUUUGACAAUGCCCCUCUUCAGGCUCUUAACCUUCCUACAGCAUAUCCGGCGCUCCAGGGCAUUCCUCCUGUGUUGCUCCCCGGCCUCAACAGCCCCUCCUUGCCGGGCUUUACUCCAUCCAACACAGCUUUAACGUCUCCUAAACCGAACUUGAUGGGUCUGCCCAGCACAACAGUUCCUUCCCCUGGCCUCCCCACAUCUGGAUUACCAAAUAAACCGUCCUCAGCCUCGCUGAGCUCCCCGACCCCAGCACAAGCCACCAUGGCGCUGGCCCCUCAGCAGCCCCCCCAACCCCAGCAGCAGCCACAGGUGCAGCCGCCGCCGCCCGCAGCUCAGCCCCCACCCGCGCCACAGCUCCCACCGCAACAGCAGCAACAGCAACGCAAGGACAAAGACAGUGAGAAGGUAAAGGAGAAGGAGAAGGCACACAAAGGGAAAGGGGAGCCUCUCCCUGUCCCCAAGAAGGAGAAAGGAGAGGCCCCCACAGCGGCCACAGCCACGAUCUCAGCACCGCUGCCCACCAUGGAGUAUGCAGUGGACCCCGCACAGCUGCAGGCCCUGCAGGCAGCCUUGACUUCGGACCCCACAGCGUUGCUCACGAGCCAGUUCCUUCCUUACUUUGUACCAGGCUUCUCUCCUUACUAUGCCCCCCAGAUCCCUGGCGCCCUGCAGAGCGGGUACCUGCAGCCUAUGUAUGGCAUGGAAGGCCUGUUCCCCUACAGCCCUGCGCUGUCGCAGGCCCUGAUGGGGCUGUCCCCGGGCUCCCUACUGCAGCAGUACCAGCAAUACCAGCAGAGUCUGCAGGAGGCGAUCCAGCAGCAGCAGCAGCAGCGGCAACUCCAGCAGCAGCAGCAAAAAGUGCAGCAGCAGCCCAAAGCAAGCCAAACCCCAGUCCCCCAGGGGGCUGCUUCCCCAGACAAAGACCCUGCCAAAGAAUCCCCCAAACCAGAAGAGCAGAAAAACGCACCCCGUGAGGUGUCCCCCCUCCUGCCAAAACCCCCCGAAGAGCCAGAAGCAGAAAGCAAAAGUGCGGACUCCCUCUACGACCCCUUCAUUGUUCCAAAGGUGCAGUACAAGUUGGUCUGCCGCAAGUGCCAGGCGGGCUUCGGUGACGAGGAGGCGGCGAGGAGCCACCUGAAGUCCCUCUGCUUCUUCGGCCAGUCUGUGGUGAACCUGCAAGAGAUGGUGCUUCACGUCCCCACGGGCAGCGGCGGCAGUGGCGGCGGCGGCGGCAGCGGCGGCGGCGGCGGGAGUGGCGGCGGCUCGUACCACUGCCUGGCGUGCGAGAGCGCGCUCUGUGGGGAGGAAGCUCUGAGUCAACAUCUCGAGUCGGCCUUGCACAAACACAGAACAAUCACGAGAGCAGCAAGAAACGCCAAAGAGCACCCUAGUUUAUUACCUCACUCUGCCUGCUUCCCCGAUCCUAGCACCGCAUCUACCUCGCAGUCUGCCGCUCACUCAAACGACAGCCCCCCUCCCCCGUCGGCCGCCGCCCCCUCCUCGUCCUCCGCUUCCCCCCACGCCUCCAGGAAGUCUUGGCCGCAAGUGGUCUCCCGGGCUUCGGCCGCGAAGCCCCCUUCUUUUCCUCCUCUCUCCUCAUCUUCAACGGUUACCUCAAGUUCAUGCAGCACCUCAGGGGUUCAGCCCUCGAUGCCAACAGACGACUAUUCGGAGGAGUCUGACACGGAUCUCAGCCAAAAGUCCGACGGACCGGCGAGCCCGGUGGAGGGUCCCAAAGACCCCAGCUGCCCCAAGGACAGUGGUCUGACCAGUGUAGGAACGGACACCUUCAGAUUGUAAGCUUUGAAGAUGAACAAUACAAACAAAUGAAUUUAAAUAAAAAGAUUAAUAACAAACCAAUUUCAAAAAUAGACUAACUGCAAUUCCAAAGCUUCUAACCAAAAAAAAAAAAAAAAAAAAAAAAAAA